UGUCAUUCGCCGAUCAAGUUUACCCCGAAACAAAAGUUUUGGCUAACAAAAUGGGACUGGAUGCUGGCCAGCAGGAAAAGGCCGCUCGGCGGGCAGCCCUACGCAAUGAGUACUGGCGCACGAUGACCAAUCCGCACAAUCAUCUGCGCGGCGAAUGUGGUGGAGUGUUCGAUACGGGUCUGGCGCGUUUCCAAGCGAUGCGUGUAAGCCACUAUGAACACUUCAAACCUACCGGCCGGUCGUUCCGGAUUGGGCUGUUCACCGUCGUCAUACCGAUCAUUGUGUACGCCAAGAUGAUGAAGUACGAGCGCGAUCAGCGAGAACACAAGUAUCGCACCGGCCAAGUGUCCUACGCUGACCGCCGCUUCAAGUUUAUCUAGACACGUGCGUGCGAGUGAGAGCGCAGUUAGCCCAAACGGGAAAUAAAUUGUGAAUAAUUGGAUAGAACGUGUUAAA